AACCACGCCCUUGUUUGGCAAGGUAAAAUUAUAAUUUUUGUCAGCGGAGUCUGGUGGCCUUGUAGAAAGCAGUAACGGCUUCAAUCUGGAAGCUUUGCUUUCCACCGUCUACUGUAAUUAACGCACUCACUAAUAAUGAGUGCAUUAUCUCUAAUUGGCCAUUGUAGAUAAGUACUUCACACAAAAGAAACCGAACUAUCCCUUUAAAAUAAAUAACUAAUCAUGAGGCUGCACUAACAGCCGCGCAACCAGCAGGGGGAGCCAAAUACCUGCAUUUAUAAUUUUAAAAGCUCAUUCCUUUUUCUCCAUGAAACCAUCCUCCUCCUCUGGCCGCUCUCCGCUCUCCUUCUCCCCUCACACUGUUUUCUCUCUACCAUCAUUGUUAUUUUUUCUUCCUCCUCUUCUUCUCCUUCUCCUCCGGCUCUUUCUCACUGACCGACUCAUGCACCGGCUCUUCUCAGACCAGCUGCGCCGGACGGAUCCGUGUCUGUAUCUCCAGCUGUGUGGCUCCAGUCCCGCAGGCAGGGUCGGCCAUGUUGUUGUGUGGGGGUUGAUGGAAGUUUAGUAGUAGGAAGUAGAGAGGCUACAAAGCGCUGGGAUACUUCAGGAUCCCACUUCUUCUUUUUCUUCUUCUUCUUUUUCUUCUCCCUCCUCCUCUCCUUCUCCUUUCUCCCCUUCUUCUUAAUCCCUGCCAUGCCUCUGCAGGAUUCCUCCUCUCUGACCCGUGCGCUCUGGCAACAAUGAUCUCCUCCAUCUCCAUCUUCAAGACUGCAACAUUUGCUUUGAUUUAACUUAAAAGCUCCGCUGGAUGGAUGAAGUGAGGAUGAGGGCGGCUCGGACCCGGCUGGAAUAACUCGGAUUUUUAUUUAAUUUAUUUAUUUUCCACCGAUCCGAUCCGGUUCGAGGAAAAGGGAGAAAGGAAAACAUCCGAAGAAAGAAGGACGCAGAUUUGUGAAGGCGGAGCACGACGAUGGGCUGCGUUAAGAGCAAAAAUGACAAAGGCGCGACGAUGAAGUACCAGGCAGAGAGUUCCCCGACGCCAGAAGCCAACGCCGCCGCCGCCACCACGCCGCACGUCGGCCACUAUGGGCCAGAUCCCACACAGCUGCAGCAGAAUCAGGCCGCCUCAUCUACGUCUGGCUCUGGGGCCGCGAAUUUCAACCACACCCUCACGCCGUUCGGGGGCUCCUCAUCCGCCAUGACCCCCUUUGGAGGAGCGUCCUCCUCCUUCUCUGGUCCUGUGUCCAACUCCUUCUCUGGUGCUGUCUCAAGCGGCGUUACCUUCUUUGUGGCCUUGUACGACUAUGAAGCCAGGACAUCAGAUGAUCUUACGUUUAAAAAGGGAGAUCGCUUCCAGAUCAUCAACAACACAGAGGGAGACUGGUGGGAGGCUCGCUCCAUCAACACAGGGAAGAAAGGCUACAUCCCGAGCAAUUACGUGGCCCCUGCUGACUCCAUCCAGGCUGAAGAGUGGUACUUUGGCAAAAUGGGGCGCAAAGAUGCCGAGAGGUUGCUGCUGAACCCGGGGAACCAUCGAGGAACUUUCCUGGUGCGAGAAAGUGAAACGACUAAAGGUGCUUAUUCUCUCUCCAUACGGGACUGGGACGAGACCAAAGGAGACAACGUGAAACACUACAAGAUCCGCAAGCUCGACAGCGGGGGAUACUACAUCACCACGCGAGCGCAGUUUGACACGUUGCAGAAGCUCGUCAAACACUACACAGAGCAUGCAGACGGGCUUUGCCACAAGCUGACCACGGUUUGCCCCACCGUCAAGCCUCAAACCCAGGGGUUGGCUAAAGACGCCUGGGAGAUUCCCCGGGAGUCCCUGCAACUGGAGCUCAAACUGGGCCAGGGCUGCUUCGGAGAGGUCUGGAUGGGCACGUGGAACGGCACCACGAAGGUGGCCAUAAAGACGCUGAAACCGGGAACCAUGUCGCCCGAGGCCUUCCUCCAAGAGGCUCAGAUCAUGAAGAAGCUCAGGCACGACAAGCUGGUGCCUCUUUAUGCUGUGGUGUCCGAGGAGCCCAUCUACAUUGUCACGGAGUACAUGGCCAAAGGAAGCUUGCUUGACUUCCUCAAAGAAGGCGACGGCAAAUUCUUGAAACUCAUCUUGCUGGUGGACAUGGCUGCGAAGAUUGCGGACGGCAUGGCUUUCAUCGAGAGGAUGAACUACAUUCACAGGGACCUGCGAGCUGCCAACAUCCUCGUGGGUGAGAACCUGGUCUGCAAGAUCGCCGACUUCGGUCUGGCCAGGUUGAUAGAAGACAACGAGUACACGGCGAGGCAAGGAGCCAAAUUCCCCAUUAAAUGGACGGCCCCCGAGGCUGCGCUGUACGGCCGCUUCACCAUCAAGUCCGACGUCUGGUCCUUUGGCAUCCUGCUCACCGAGCUCGUCACCAAAGGCAGAGUGCCCUACCCAGGUAUGGUGAACCGCGAGGUGCUGGAGCAGGUGGAGCGCGGCUACCGCAUGCCCUGCCCCCAGGGCUGCCCCGAGUCCCUGCAUGAGAUGAUGAAGCUCUGCUGGAAGAAGGAGCCGGACGAGAGGCCCACCUUCGAGUACCUGCAGUCCUUCCUGGAGGACUACUUCACCGCCACAGAGCCCCAGUACCAACCGGGAGAGAACCUAUAGCCGGGACUGCUGCGGGAAAAGUCGACUGGACACUGCGUCAGUCACGCAAACCACUACUUGCUCUCCAAUUAUCAUUUUUUUUCCUUCAUAUCAGUGUCCAUUUACAUUUUCCUGUAUUCCAUAUUUCACUUAUGGUACUACGCGAAUCUUAGUUGUGUAAAUUCAGACAUGUAUAAAAAGACAUAUAUCCAUUUGA